GGGUGGACAAACUGCAAAUACAGGAUCGCUGGAUGCAUACAAGAACUACAAAUUCAGAUCGAGUUGCGCAGUAUGAAUUUCUAGCCAUUUAAAUAUACGUGCAAAAUGGCUGCACAGGUCGACUUGGGCUGUAUUAAAGUAGAAAAUAAGGUAAGGGACAGUCUUGGUAAAUUAGCCAAAGAAAAGAAGAAAAAAAUCAAGAGGGAGCUGUCACCGUCAGCGGUUAAACGCCAGCGUUCAUCCGAGAAGGAGGCAAAGAAAGUGAAGCUCCAUCAUCACCACCACCAUCACCCACAACAUGUUCAACAGCAGCGGAUACACCAGCCGCAUCAGAAUGGCCAACCACGCAACUCCAGCACCGAAAAACCUACUCUGCAUCACUACCACCAGCAUUAUCACCACCAUCAGCACCACCACCACAACACCAAAGGCGCAAAGGACACGCACCCUCAACCUCCUCUGCCAGCGCAGAAGGUGGUACCCGCAGCAGCCAAGUUGGACACGAAAAAAAACCCGGUUCUGCCUCCUGUGCCGCCUGGACUGUUCACUUUCACGCCCCUCAAAGUGGCCAAGCCCAAGAUACAGGAGAACAAGGAAAAGCACAGUGAGAAAGAGCUCAAACUCAAGAAGGAAAACACAGAGGCUAACGUGAAACAUGGAGUAGGCCUAUGUAAGAAAAAUAAAGGUAGGUUAUUCUUCAUACAUAUUCUAUUCCAUUCUAUUAAUACUUAAAAUGUCACCACUCUUAAUUGCUUGAAUCGUAUGCAAACUUACAAAUGAGUCAGACAAACAGACAAAUCUGUUUCUAUACACAUUGAAAAGAAGCAGCCAGGUGAUGUGCAUGAAUAGGUGAUGAUGUUUUGCAUACUCGUAGUUGUGAACCAAUUGCAAUUUUGGUAUGGACAAAUGAUGUGCAUGGUAAUGAGCUAUCGUCUUCCUGCCUCCAGAGCCCCAUCAUGAUGAGAACAGCCAGGCCCAGUCCCUGGAGGUGUACCUGUUGAGGAGGAAGAAGAAGAAGAGGCGGCGCCGUGAGGAUGAGCGUGGUAAGAAGAUCGGCACGUUCAACAAGGAGGUCCAGACUGUGUACGGAGGUCUGGCUGACCACAGUCCUUCAGCCCACCUUGGCCACAUGAAGAAGGAGGGGAAACACUGCCAGCCUGCCACAGGCCCCAACAACCACCGCAGUCCUAAAGGGGUACACAGCCACAGCCACACCCACCCCCCCUUCCUCUCCCCCCAAGACCACUUCAUCCGCAGCUCGUCUCUGCAGACAGGCACCGUCUAUGGACGCUUCAUCCACGAGGAGCGCCAGGCCAAUGGUGGGGCGUCGGUCCUGCACGCCUAUGCUGAUGAGCUGGCCUCUUUACAGUCCGAGGAGAUGGAGCGCUUCACCCAGGAGUUCCUAGAGCUUGCCUUCGCUGAGAGACCCAGAGGGGCAGCCCGCUAUGCCCUGGCUGUGGUGCACGGGGCUGCUGCCUACCUACCUGACUUCCUGGACUACUUUGCCUUCAACUUCCCCUCCACGCCGGUCAAGAUGGAGAUCCUGGGGAAGAAGGAUAUAGAGACCACUACUAUCGCGAACUUCCACUCUCAGGUAUAGUAUUAAAGCAUCAUGGAAAUGGAGAGUCAGUGUCCUUCUGAUAUUGCCUGUAUGGGACUUCAUAUUGUGUUUUGUCUUAGCUGACAUUAAAUAUACUGGCAGUGGUCACCAAUACUGGUCCUGGAGAGCUACAGGGUGGGCAGGCUUUUGUUCCAGCCCAUCAUCAACACCUCAACCAGCCUGAUAAAGUGACCAACUGAAUCAGGUGUUAUAACUGUUUGGCUAUGUUUCAACUCUUAGACAACAACAGUGCUUAUCUAAGACAAAGUUAUAAAUGAGCUCAGUCUGUUUCCCUUCUAAUAGUUGUUUCAGUCCAAAGUACACCAACGUUAAGUCUAUAGCUGAACUCUUGCCAAGUUUUCCCUGUUGCUAUGCUCCCUAGAGGCCUGAUGGAGAGGCUUGUUCCAUGACGUUUUACUGUUGUGUUUGACAGACCGAUGGACACUCAUAGGGCUGAUAGCACUACACACACAGUUUAUACAGUGCUCUGUGCAGUUUACACAGACAAUUAGCCUAGUACUAAUUUAAUGCAGGUGUUCCACUGGAAUAUCCAAGGGCUACUAAUGGGUUCAGGGGAGCUAAAUGAAUUCAUGGUGAAUGUUGCCUUUAGGGCACUGCUUGAUUAUGUCAAAUCACAUUUUAUUUGUCACAUGCGCCGAAUACAACAGGUGUAGACCUUACAGUGAAAUGUUUACUUACUUACAAGAAGGAUUACUUUUAUACUAUUCCAGAUAUUCCUUAAAGAGGUAGGGUUUCAAGUGUCUCCGGAAGGUGGUCAGUGACUCCGCUGUCCUGGCGUCGUGGGGGAGGUUGGGGUGCUAGAGCAGCGAAUAGCUUUGACUGGGCUGAGCGGGAACUGUGCUUCCGUAGAGGUAGGGGAGCUAGCAGGCCAGAGGUGGAUGAAUGUAGUGCCCUCGUUUGGGUGUAGGAUCAGAGCCUGAAGGUAAGGAGGUGCCGUUCCCCUCACAGCUCCGUAGGCAAGCACCAUGGUCUUGUAGUGGAUGCGAGCCUCAACUGGAAGCCAGUGGAGUGUGCGGAGGAGCGGGGUGACGUGAGAGAACUUGGGAAGGUUGAACACCAGACGAACUGCAGCGUUCUGGAUAAGUUGUAGGGGUUUAAUGGCACAGGCAGGGAGCCCAGCCAACAGCGAGUUGCAGUAAUCCAGACGGGAGAUGACAAGUGCCUGGAUUAGGACCUGUGCCGCUUUCUGUGUAAGGUAGGGUCGUACUCUGCGAAUGUUGUAGAGCAUGAACCUGCAGCAUCGGGUCACUGCUUUGAUGUUAGUGGAGAACGACAGGGUGUUGUCCAGGGUCACGCCAAGGUUCUUUGCACUCUGGGAGGAGGACACAAUGGAGUUGUCAACCGUGAUGGCGAGAUCAUGGAGCUGGCAGUCCUUCCCCGGGAGGAAGAGCAGCUCCGUCUUGCCGAGGUGGUGAUCCGAUAUCCACACUGAUAUGUCUGCCAGACAUGCAGAGAUGCGAUUCGCCACCUGGUUAUCAAAUUAAUUGUGUGUCGUCUGCGGUACAGAGUCAGUGUGUGGUGGUACAGGUUAGUUGAGGUAAUUGAGGUAAUAUGUACACUACCAGUCAAAAGUCUGGACACACCAACUCAUUCAAGGGUUUGUCUUUAUUUUUACUAUUUUUUACAUUGUAGAAUAAUAGUGAAGACAUCAAAACUAUGAAAUCCAAACUAUGAAAUAAGAAAUAUGGAAUUAUGUAGCAACCAAAAAAGUGUUAAACAAAUCAAAAUAUAUGUUAUAUUUGAGAUUCUUAAAAUAGCCACCCUUUGCCUUGAUGACAGCUUUGCACACUCUUGGCAUUCUCUCAACCAGCUUCACCUGGAAUGCUUUUCAACAGUCUUGAUGGAGUUCCCACAUAUGCUGAGCACUUGUUGGCUGCUUUUCCUUCACUCUGCGGUCCGACUCCUCCCAAACCAUCUCAACUGGGUUGAGGUCGGUGGAUUGUGGAGGCCAGGUCAUCUGAUGCUGAGCUCCAUCACUCUCCUUCUUGGUCAAAUAGCCCUUACACAGCCUGGAGGUGUGUUGGGUCAUUGUCCUGUUUUUGAAAAACAAAUGAUAGUCCAACUAAGCCCAAACCAGAUGGGAUGGCGUAUCACUGUAGAAUGCUGUGGUAGCCACGCUGGUUAAGUGUGCCUUGAAUUCUAAAUAAAUCACAUACAGUGUCACCUGCAAAACACCCCCACACCAUAACACCACCUCCUCUAUGCUUUACGGUGGGAAAUACACAUGCGGAGAUCAUCCGUUCACCCACACCGCGUCUCACAAAGACACGGCGGUUGGAGCCAAAAAUCUCCAAUUUGGACUCCAGACCAUAGGACACAUUUUCACCCGUCUGAUGUCCAUUGCUCGUGUUUCUUGGCCCAAGCAGGUCUUUUCUUAUUAUUGGUGUCCUUUAGUAGUGGUUUCUUUGCAGUAAUUCAACCAUGAAGGCCUGAUUCACACAGUCCCCUCUGAACAGUUGAUGUUGAGAUGUGUCUGUUACUUGAACUCUGUGAAGCAUUUAUUUGGGCUGCAAUUUCUGAGGCUGGUAACACUAAUGAACUUAUCCUCUGCAGCAGAGGUAACUCUGGGUCUUCCAUUCCUGUGGCGGUCCUCAUGAGAGCCAGUUUCAUCAUAGCGCUUGAUGGUUUUUGCGACUGCACUUGAAACUUUAAAAGUUCUUGAAAUGUUCCGUAUUGACUGACCUUCAUGUCUUAAAGUAAUGAUGGACAGUCGUUUCUCUUUCCUUAUUUGAGCUGUUCUUGCCAUAAUAUGGACUUCGUCUUUUACAAAAUAGGGUUAUCUUCUGUAUACCCCCCUACCUUGUCACAUCACAACUGAUUGGCUCAAACGCAUUAAGAAGGAAAGAAAUUCCACAAAUUAACUUUUAAGAAGGCACACCUGUUAAUUGAAAUGCAUUCCAGGUGACUACCUCAUGAAGCUGGUUGAGAGAAUGCCAAGAGUGUGCAAGCUGUCAUCAAGGCAAAGGGUGGCUAUUUGCUCAAAUAUAAAAUAUAUUUUGAUUUGUUUAACACUAUUUUGGUUACUACAUGAUUCCAUAUGUGUUAUUUCAUAGUUUUGAUGUCUUCACUAUUAUUCUACAAUGUAAAAAAUAAAGAAAAACCCUGGAAUGAGUAGGUGUGUCCAAACUUUUGACUGGUACUGUACAUGUAGGUAGAGGUAAAGUGACUAUGCAUAGAUAAUAAACAGAGAGUAGCGGCAGCGUACAGUGAGGGGAAAAAAGUAUUUGAUCCCCUGCUGAUUUUGUACGUUUGCCCACUGACAAAGACAUGAUCAGUCUAUAAUUUUAAUGGUAGGUUUAUUUGAACAGUGAGAGACAGAAUAACAACAAAAAACAGAAAAACGCAUGUCAAAUAUAUUAUAAAUUGAUUUGCAUUUUAAUGAGGGAAAUAAGUAUUUGACCCCCUCUCAAUCAGAAAGAUUUCUGGCUCCCAGGUGUCUUUUAUACAGGUAACGAGCUGAGAUUAGGAGCACACUCUUAAAGGGAGUAUAAAAGACACCUGUCCACAGAAGCAAUCAAUCAAUCAGAUUCCAAACUCUCCACCAUGGCCAAGACCAAAGAGCUCUCCAAGGAUGUCAGGGACAAGAUUGUAGACCUACACAAGGCUGGAAUGGGCUACAAGACCAUCGCCAAGCAGCUUGGUGAGAAGGUGACAACAGUUGGUGCGAUUAUUCGCAAAUGGAAGAAACACAAAAGAACUGUCAAUCUCCCUCGGCCUGGGGCUCCAUGCAAGAUCUCACCUCGUGGAGUUGCAAUGAUCAUGAGAACGGUGAGGAAUCAGCCCAGAACUACACAGGAGGAUCUUGUCAAUGAUCUCAAGGCAGCUGGGACCAUAGUCACCAAGAAAACAAUUGGUAACACACUACGCCGUGAAGGACUGAAAUCCUGCAGCGCCCGCAAGGUCCCCCUGCUCAAGAAAGCACAUAUACAGGGCCGUCUGAAGUUUGCCAAUGAACAUCUGAAUGAUUCAGAGGAGAACUGGGUGAAAGUGUUGUGGUCAGAUGAGACCAAAAUCGAGCUCUUUGGCAUCAACUCAACUCGCCGUGUUUGGAGGAGGAGGAAUGCUGCCUAUGACCCCAAGAACACCAUCCCCACCGUCAAACAUGGAGGUGGAAACAUUAUGCUUUGGGGGUGUUUUUCUGCUCAGGGGACAGGACAACUUCACCGCAUCAAAGGGAUGAUGGACAGGGCCAUGUACCGUCAAAUCUCGGGUGAGAACCUCCUUCCCUCAGCCAGGGCAUUGAAAAACACACGGCCAAGGCAACAAAGGAGUGGUUCAAGAAGAAGCACAUUAAGGUCCUGGAGUGGCCUAGCCAGUCUCCAGACCUUAAUCCCAUAGAAAAUCUGUGGAGGGAGCUGAAGGUUUGAGUUGCCAAACGUCAGCCUCGAAACCUUAAUGACUUGGAAAAGAUCUGCAGAGGAGUGGGACAAAAUCCCUCCUGAGAUGUGUGCAAACCUGGUGGCCAACUACAAGAAACGUCUGACCUCUGUGAUUGCCAACAAGGGUUUUGCCACCAAGUACUAAGUCAUGUUUUGCAGAGGGGUCAAAUACUUAUUUCCCUCAUUAAAAUGCAAAUCAAUUUAUAACAUUUUUGACGUGUGUUUUUCUGGAUUUUUUUGUUGUUAUUCUGUCUCUCACUGUUCAAAUAAACCUACCAUUAAAAUUAUAGACUGAUCAUUUCUUUGUCAGUGGGCAAACGUACAAAAUGCAAAUAGUGCGGGUAGCCAUUUGGUCAGCUCUUCAGGAGUCUUAUGGCUUGGGGGUAGAACUGCUAAGAAGCCUUUUGGAUUAUAUUGCACAAACUAGCAUUAUGUAAAUGUUGGAAAGCCUUGCAUGGCUCCAUACUCACCAAAUCAUGCAGCCGGGUCAGUGUUAAUCCAAUAUCCUAAUGACAUAUCCUAAGACCAAUGCAUGUUGGCAUUACAGUCAUUUCAGAUUUAGCCAAAUCAAUAUAACCUCUCCCCCUCUGUGUGUCUGUAGGUGGGUCGGACCUACUGCUCGGGGACGUACCGGGCCGGUCCUAUGAGACAGAUCAGUCUGGUGGGAGCCAUGGCUGAGGAGGUGGGGGACUACUUCCCAGAGUUCCUGGACAUGCUGGAGGAGUCCCCCUUUCUAAAGGUCAGUCAGAUGGAAAAGGCAGGGAUGAUUUUUCUUAGAAUUCAACCUAUGAUUAACAAAUGUAGUGUCGUUGGAUUCAGUUUUACAGGCCUACUGGCCUUGCAAGUAGUUUAGAACAUACACUGAACAAAAAUAUAGAUGCAACGUGCAACAAUUUCAAAGAUUUUACAGAGUUACAAUUCAUAUUAGGAAAUCAGUCAAUUGAAAUCAAUUCAUUAGACCAUAAUCUAUGGAUUUCACAUGACUGGGAAUACAGAUUUGCAUCUGUUGGUCUCAGAUACCUUUAAAAAAUAGGUAGGGGCGUGGAUCAGAAAACCUGUCAGUAUCUGGUGUGACCACCUUUUGCCUCAUGCAGAGUGACACAUCUCCUUCGCGUGGAGUUGAUCAGGCUGUUGAUUUUGGCCUUUGGAAUGUUGUCCCACUCCAAUGGAUGUGCGAAGUUGCUGGAUAUUGGCGGGAACUGGAACACGCUGUUGUACACAUCGAUCCAGAAAAUCCCAUGUCUGGUGAGUAUGUAGGCCAUGGAAGAACUGGGACAUUUUCAGCUUCCAGGAAUUGUGUACAGAUCCUUGCGACAUGGGGCCGUGCAUUAUCAUGCUGAAACAGGAGGGGAUGGUGGCGGAUGACUGGCACAACAAUGGGCCUCAGGAUCUCGUCACGGUAUCUCUGUGCAUUCAAACUGCCAUUGAUAAAAUGCAGUUGUGUUCGUUGAAAUCAGCAAACUGCUCACCCACGCGAUGCCAUACACGUGGUCUGCGGUUGUGAGGCCGGUUGGCUGUACUGCCAAAUUCUCUAAAACGACGUUGGAAGCGUCUUGUGGUAGAGAAAUUAACAUUACAUUCCUGCAGUCAGCAUGCCAAUUGCACGCUCCCUCAAAUCAUGAGACAACUGUGGCAUUGUGACACAAAACUGCACAUUUUAGAGUGGCCUUUUAUUGUCCCCAGCACAUGGUGCACCUGUGUAAUGAUCAUGCUGUUUAAUCAGCUUCUUGAUAUGCCACACCUGUCAGGUAGAUGGAUUAUCUUGGCAAAGUAGAAAUGCUCACUAACAGGGAUGUAAACACAUUUGUGCACAAAAUUUGAGAGAAAUAAGCUUUUUGUGCGAAUGGAAAAGGGAUUCUGGGAUCUUUUAUUUCAGCUCAUGAAACAUGGGACCAACACUUAACUACAUGUUACGUUUAUAUUUUUGUUCAGUGUACAUGUAUUCAUUUUAUGCUUUUGUGCAUACAGUACAUAUAAUUGACAGACAAAGUGAGACAGAAAAGGUUGUUGCUUGUAAUUUGUGUCUUAAUGUGUGUAUCUUGAAUUACUCCGAAUCUGCUAUGUGUAUUACAGUAUAUGAUUGCUGCUCUAACCCUCUGUGUCUUGUCCAUCCAGAUGACCCUGCCUUGGGGCAGUCUCUCCAGCCUGAAGCUGGACUGUCGUUCCCAGAGUGAUGAUGGACCCAUCAUGUGGGUCCGGCCGGGCGAGCAGAUGGUGCCAACCGCUGACAUGCCCAAGUCUCCCUUCAAACGGCGCAGGUAGAUCCCAGGACAAUACUUUUAUCAUAGUAAUACAUACAGUAUAAGCCUAUUUAUACACUGAGUGUACAAAACAUUAAGAACACCUUCCUAAUAUUGAGUUGCACCCCCCCUUUUGCCCUCAGAACAGCCUCAAUUCGUCAGGGCAUGGACUCUACAAGGUGUCGAAAGCAUUCCACAAGGAUGCUGGCCCAUGUUGACUCCAAUGCUUCCCACAGUUGUUUCAAGUUGGCUUGUGUGGUGGACCAUUCUUGAUAUACACGGGAAACUGUUGAGCGUGAAAAACCAAGCAGCGUUGCAGUUUUUGACACAAAAUGGUGGGCAUGGCACCUACUACCAUACCCCGUUCAAAGGCACUUAAAUAUUUAGUCUUGCCCAUUCACCCUCUGAAUGGCACACAUACACAAUCCAUGUCUCAAGGCUUGAAAAUCUUUCUUUAAAAUGUCUCCUACCCUUCAUUACAUUUACAUUUUACAUUUUAGUCAUUUAGCAGACGCUCUUAUCCAGAGCGACUUACAGGAGCAAUUAGGGUUAAGUGCCUUGCUCAAGGGCACAUUAACGUCAUUUAGCAGACGCUCUUAGCCAGAGCGACUCACAAAUUGGUGCGUUCACCCUAUAGCCAGUGGGAUAACCACUUUACAAUUUGGGGGGGGGGGGGGUUAGAAGGAUUGCUUUAUCCUAUCCCAGGUAUUCCUUAAAGAGGUGGGGUUUCAAAUGUCUCCGGAAGGUGGUGAGUGACUCCGCUGUCCUGGCGUCGUGAGGGAGCUUGUUCCACCAUUGGGGUGCCAGAGCAGCGAACAGUUUUGACUGGGCUGAGCGGGAGCUAUGCUUCCGCAGAGGAAGGGGAGCCAGCAGGCCAGAGGUGGAUGAACGCAAUGCCCUCGUUUGGGUGUAGGGACUGAUCAGAGCCUGAAGGUACAGAGGUGCCGUUCCCCUCACUGCUCCAUAGGCAAGCACCAUGGUCUUGUAGCGGAUGCGAGCUUCAACUGGAAGCCAGUGGAGUGUGCGGAGGAGGGGGGUGACGUGAGAGAACUUGGGAAGGUUGAACACCAGACGGGCUGCGGCAUUCUGGAUGAGUUGUAGGGGUUUAAUGGCACAGGCAGGGAGGCCAGCCAACAGCGAGUUGCAGUAGUCCAGACGGGAGAUGACAAGUGCCUGGAUUAGGACCUGUGCCGCUUCCUGUGUAAGGCAGGGUCGUACUCUCCGAAUGUUGUAGAGCAUGAACCUGCAGGAGCGGGUCACCGCCUUGAUGUUGGCGGAGAACGACAGGGUGUUGUCCAGGGUCACGCCUAGGCUCUUCGCACUCUGGGAGGAGGACACAGCGGAGUUGUCAACCGUGAUGGCGAGAUCAUGGAACGGGCAGUCCUUCCCCGGGAGGAAGAGCAGCUCCGUCUUGCCAGGGUUCAGCUUGAGGUGGUGAUCCGUCAUCCAUACUGAUAUGUCUGCCAGACAUGCAGAGAUGCGAUUCGCCACCUGGUUAUCAGAAGGGGGAAAGGAGAAGAUUAGUUGUGUAUCGUCAGCGUAGCAAUGAUAGGAAAGGCCAUGUGAGGAUAUGACAGAGCCAAGUGACUUGGUGUAUAGGGAGAAAAGGAGAGGGCCUAGAACUGAGCCCUGGGGGACACCAGUGGUGAGAGCACGUGGUGCGGAGACAGCUUCUCGCCACGCCACUUGGUAGGAGCGACCGGUCAGGUAGGACGCAAUCCAGGAGUGAGCCGCGCCGGAGAUGCCCAGCUCGGAGAGGGUGGAGAGGAGGAUCUGAUGGUUCACAGUAUCAAAAGCAGCAGACAGGUCUAGAAGGACAAGAGCAGAGGAGAGAGAGUUAGCUUUAGCAGUGCGGAGAGUCUCCGUGACACAGAGAAGAGCAGUCUCAGUUGAAUGACCAGUCCUGAAACCUGAUUGGUUUGGAUCAAGAAGGUCAUUCUGAGAGAGAUAGCAAGAGAGUUGGCUAAAGACGGCACGCUCAAUAGUUUUGGAAAGAAAAGAAAGAAGGGAUACUGGUCUGUAGUUGUUGACAUCAGUGGGGUCGAGUGUUGGUUUUUUGAGAAGGGGAGCAACUCUCGCUCUCUUGAAGACGGAAGGGACAUGGCCAGCGGUCAAGGAUGAGUUGAUCAGCGAGGUGAGGUAGGGGAGAAGGUCACCGGAGAUGGUCUGGAGAAGGGAGGAGGGGAUGGGGUCAAGCGGGCAGGUUGUUGGGCGGCCUGCAGUCACAAGUCGCAGGAUUUUAUCUGGAGAGAGAGGGGAGAAAGAAGUCAAAGCAUAGGGUAGGGCAGUGUGAGCAGGACCAGCAAUGUCAUUAGACUUAACAAACGAGGAUCGGAUGUCGUCAACCUUCUUUUCAAAGUGGUUGACGAAGUCAUCCACAGAGAGAGAGGAGGGGUGGGGGGGGGGGGGGGAGGAUUCAGGAGGGAGGAAAAUGUGGCAAAGAGCUUCCUAGGGUUAGAGGCAGAUGCUUGGAAUUUAGAGUGGUAGAAGGUGGCCUUAGCAGCAGAAACAGAUGAAGAAAAUGUAGAGAGGAGGGAGUGAAAAGAUGCCAGGUCGGCAGGGAGUUUAGUUUUCUUCCAUUUCCGCUCCGCUGCCCGGAGCUCUGUUCUGUGAGCUCGCAAUGAGUCAUCAAGCCACGGAGCUGGAGGGGAGGACCGAGCCGGCCGGGAGGAUAGGGGACACAGAGAGUCAAAGGAUGCAGAAAGGGAGGAGAGGAGGGUUGAGGAGGCAGAAUCAGGAGAUUGGAGGGAGAAGGAUUGAGCAGAGGGAAGAGAUGAUAGGAUGGAAGAGGAGAGAGUAGUGGGAGAGAGAGAGCGAAGGUUGCGGCGGCGCAUUACCAUCUGUGUAGGGGCAGAGUGAGUAGUGUGGGAGGAGAGCGAGAGAGAAAAGGAAACAAAGUAGUGGUCGGAGACAUGGAGGGGAGUUGCAGUGAGAUUAGUAGAGGAGCAGCAUCUAGUGAAGAUGAGGUCAAGCGUAUUGCCUGCCUUGUGAGUAGGGGGGGACGGUGAGAGGGUGAGGUCAAAAGAGGAGAGGAGUGGAAAGAAGGAGGCAGAGAGAAAUGAGUCAAAUGUGGACAUAGGGAGGUUGAAAUCCCCCAAAACUGUGAGGGGUGAGCCAUCCUCAGGGAAGGAACUUAUCAAGGCGUCAAGCUCAUUGAUGAACUCUCCAAGGGAACCUGGAGGGCGAUAGAUGACAAGGAUAUUAAGCUUAAAUGGGCUAGUGACUGUGACAGCAUGGAAUUCAAAUGAGGAGAUAGACAGAAGGGUUAGGGGAAAAAUUGAGAAUGUCCACUUGGGAGAGAUUCCUGUACCACCACCCCUCUGACCAGAUGCUCUCGGGGUAUGCGAGAACACAUGGUCAGACGAGGAGAGAGCAGUAGGAGUAGCAGUGUUUUCAGUGGUGAUCCAUGUUUCCGUCAGCGCCAGGAAGUCGAGGGACUGGAGGUUGGCAUAGGCUGGGAUGAAGUCAGCUUUGUUGGCAGCAGAACGGCAGUUCCAGAGGCUGCCUGCGACCUGGAACUCCACGUGGGUGGUGCGUGCAGGGACCACCAGGUUAGAGAGGCAGCAGCCACGCGGUGUGGUGCGUUUGUGUAGCCUGUGCAGAGAGGAGAGAACAGGGAUAGGCAGAGGCAUAGUUGACAGGCUGUAGCAAAUGGCUACAAAAAUGCAGAGGAGAUCGGAAUGAAAUGAGCUAAGCAUCUGGGAGAAGAGAGAGCAGGGCCUCCCUCACCAAAAACUUCUACCUCAGAAACUAAAAUUGUUUCACUGAACCACCCGAGCAAAAACUCUCCCAACUUCCACCUUUAGAAAUCAGAAUUGUUGUGAACCACAGCGGUUCAAUGUUUAAAGGAAUAGACUCAACCCACUUGAUUCAGCUAGCCAACUAUGACACCAUAGCUAACUAGCAAGCUAGCAUCCAAUAACAAUAACACACCGUUUAGCACCAACACUUGGUCACAACAAACCACCAAUAGUGUGAUAACACACUAAACAGAUCAUUCGUGUCUGUGUCAAGUUCCUUUCAUGACGCAGCAAUGAUUAGACGUUGGCUAGCUAGGACAAGUAUAUUGUAUUUAGCUACUACCGUACAGUUAGCUGGUCGUGUUGGGUAGCUAGCAAUGGCCACUGUGUUGACUUUGUUUGAAGAACGGCUAGCUAGCUAGCUUCGUGCUACACCCGGCACACAAUGGCUAUUGUGUUGACUCUGACUCUGUUCGAAAAAAACGGCUAGGUAGCUCGCUUCGUGCUACAGCCGGCACGGCCGAAGACACUGCCAAGACACAGUAACUACCCACGACAACCCACGAUGCCUAGCUAUGACGCCGUAGCUAACUAGCAAGCUAGCAUCCAUUAACACACAAUUUAGCACCAAUACUUGGUUACAACAAACUGCCAAGAGUGUGUUAGCACACUAAACAGAUAAUUCAAGUCCGUGUCUAGUUCCUUUCAUAACGCAUAACGCAGCAAAAAAUUAAACGUUGGCUAGCAGCACAUUAACAUUGGAAACAGCUCUCUAGCGUUGCUAAUCGUUACCAGUAGCUACCCGCUAGCUAGCUAGCCUCGUGCUUCGAUACUAACCUACAAUUACCUACGGAAACCUACAAUAACAACAAUACUAACCUAUAAUAAAUACAAUACCUAACUACAGCUAACUACCUACCUACGAUCUAAUACAUGGUUAAGCUUUACUCAACACCAUAUGAGAAGCUUAUUAGUUCAUGCACACAUUAGCAAAACCUUACGCAACAGAAAACAAAAACAAGUAUUUCUUAUUGGACAAGUUCAGGUAGUCCCUUCACGUUCAUUACUAGUAAAUACGACCCUGGAGAGGGGAAACAGCACAUUGCCCUCAGUUUCCAGAGGACUGUUCACACAACAGCGCACUGAGUUCCAUGAUUGUCUUCACAUUCCCGAGGAAAUACUGUGAGCGCAAGGAUGGGUUCAUCUACACUGAUCUACACUGAUUUGAAGUAGAUUUAACAAGUGACAUCAAUAAGGAAUCAUAGCAUUCAGCUGGAUUCACCUGGUCAGUCUGUAAUGUUAUGUAUAGUCAGUGUAGUUUUCCAGAGUUCAGGAUCAUUCAUUAGUUUAGCUCUGCUUUGCCCUUCUAGCCAUGACGUCAUUACAACCUGCCUUACCCUCUGGGCAGCUUCGGCUAUGCCUCACUGCUGGUGGUAGUACUACCUGCUCUCUCUCUCCUCCCUGCAGGUCCAUGAAUGAGAUAAAGAACCUUCACUACCUGCCUAGGACCAGUGAGCCCAGAGAGGUGCUGUUUGAGGAUCGGACCAGGGCUCAUGCUGACCACGUGGGCCAGAGCUUCGACUGGCAGAGUACCGCAGCAGUGGGUGUGCUGAAGGCGGUGCAGUUUGGAGAGUGGUGGGUUUCUACUGUAGUUUGGGGAAUGAUGAUGAGUGUUUAUGAAGUGUUCGGCAUUCAUUCGGCUCUGCUCUCAGCUGCAGUUUGAAUGUACUUGUUGAAGAAUUCCAGUUUGGGAAGCUUCAUCCAGGGUUACUGUUGUCAUAAAGGAUGCCUGUUAUUUGUUAAACCACUUUGAGUCUUCCACACUGAAUCAACAUUUAUUUAGGUGUGAUCCAUAUGUCCGGUGAGCUAACUAUUGUGGUGAGCUAACUAUUGUGGUGAGCUAACUAUUGUGGUGAGCUAACUAUUGUGGUGAACUAACUGUUGUGAUGAACAAACUAUUGUGAUGGUUCUUUGAUCAACAGGAGUGAGCGUCCGAGGAUAACCAAAGACGCGGUGUGUUUCCACGCGGAGGACUUUAACGAUGUGGUCCAGAGGCUGCAGCUGGAUCUGUACGAGCCCCCUGUGUCUCAGGUAGGAACUGAGCUCUUAUUGAACCUUGAACAUGUUAGGGUGAUGCAUGAUUCUCCUCUGUGUGGUAUGAUAGCUGGUCAAAUGUCAGAUUUUGAUGCAAAAAGCCUUGGAGGAGAUGACAUACGCCAUUUAGUGAGUUAGUUUAGAGCUUUAAUUAGCAGAACGAGAGGCUUAAUUUUGGCCACAGAGAAUGACCAGAUCUGUAUGAUCUUCAUUUUCAAGAGUUAGUAGUGAUGGCCUUGAUACCAGGCAUGUCAGGCUUACUUCGUAUGUUUGGGAAGGAUCAUGUCUUUGGCCGAAACAUUGACACAAUGAACAACAUGCAGAGGUAAUAUGGUGUUUGUGGGAGUUAUCCUUUUUUUUACAAUGAGGAGAAAUUAGGAGGAUCAGGUAGGCCUACCCAUAAUCCUCAUCUCCCUGCAGUGUGUCCAGUGGGUGGACGAUGCCAAGCUGAACCAGCUGAGGCGGGAGGGCAUCCGCUAUGUCCGCGUGCAGCUGUGUGACGACGACAUCUACUUCAUCCCCCGGAAUGUUAUCCACCAGUUCAAGACUGUCUCGGCAGUCUGCAGCCUGGCCUGGCACAUCCGCCUCAGACAGUACCAUGAGGAGAAGGACGGGGGGGAGCAUGCCCAACACAAGCCCAACAACCAGACCAUAACAUCCGGUCAAAUAUUUUCAUCCUCCCUCUCCCCAGCCCAGCCAGAUGCCAAAGUGCUCCACUGCGCUGGUCCACCACAGAGAGACAGGACCCAGGGAGGGGUGGCCAAGACAGAGGAACUGGUGUUUCAGAGGCCUGCUACUCCACCCAGAGAGCCCCAACCAGCCCCUCCUCAGCCUGCCAAGUCUGCCCACCUGCCACCUCCCUACCCGGGCAUCAGCCCCCUGCCACCUGUCUCCUCUGGUUCUGGUUCUAACCCUCCCACACUGGAGCCCAGGCUUCCACAGGCCCUGGUCCGGCCUCCCCCUGGUCUAGACUACAACUCACCCCGACCCCACCAUGAUGUACAGCGUCACUGCCCCACUGACUUCCUCAAAUGACCUGCCCUCCCCUUUACUCCUUUACCUACAGUUGAAGUCAGAAGUUUACAUACACUUAGGUUGGAGUCAUUAAAACUUGUUUUUCAACCACUCCCACAAAUUUCUUGUUAACAAACUAUAGUUUUGGCAAGUCAGUUAGGACAUCUACUUUGUGCAUGACACAAGUAAUUUUUUCCAACAAUUGUUUACAGACAGAUUAUUUCACUUAUAAUUCACUGUAUUACAAUUCCAGUGGGUCAGAAGUUUACAUACACUGUUGACUGUGCCUUUAAACAGCUUGGAAAAUUCCAGAAAAGGAUGUCAUGGCUUUAGAAGCUUCUGAUAGGUUAAUUGACAUCAUUUGAAUCAAUUGGAGGUGUACCCGUGGAUGUAUUUCAAGGCCUACCUUCAAACUCAGUGCCUCUUUGCUUGACAUCAUGGGAAAAUCAAAAGAAAUCAGCCAAGACCUCAGAAAAAACAUUGUAGACCUCCACAAGUCUGGUUCAUCCUUGGGAGCAAUUUCCAAAUGCCUGAAGGUACCACGUUAAUCUGUACAAACAGUAGUAUGCAAGUAUAAACACCAUGGGACCACACAGCCGUCAUACCGCACAGGAAGGAGACGCGUCUCCUAGAGAUGAACGUACUUUGGUGCGAAAAGUGCAAAUCAAUCCCAGAACAACAGCAAAGGACCUUGUGAAGAUGCUGGAGGAAAUAGGGACAAAAGUAUCUAUAUCCACAGUAAAACGAGUCCUAUAUCGACAUAACCUGAAAGGCCGCUCAGCAAGGAAGAAGCCACUGCUCCAAAACUGCCAUCAAAAAGCCAGACUACGGUUUGCAACUGCACAUGGGGACAAAGAUCGUACUUUUUGGAGAAAUGUCCUCUGGUCUGAUGAAACAAAAAUAGAACUGUUUAGCCAUAAUGACCAUCGUUAUGUUUGGAGGAAAAAGGGGGUUGCUUGCAAGCCGAAGAACACCAUACCAACCGUGAAGCACAGGGGUGGCAGCAUCAUGCUGUGGGGGUGCUUUGCUGCAGGAGGGACAGGUGCACUUCACAAAAUAGAUGGCAUCAUGAGGAAGGAAAAUUAUGUGGAUAUAUUGAAGCAACAUCUCAAGACAUCAGUCAGGAAGUUAAAGCUUGGUCGCAAAUGGGUCUUCCAAAUGGACAAUGACCCCAAGCAUACUUCCAAAGUUGUGGCAAAAUGGCUUAAGGACAACAAAGUCAAGGUAUUGGAGUGGCCAUCACAAAGCCCUGACCUCAAUCCUAUAGAACAUUUGUGGGCAGAACUGAAAAAGCGUGUGCGAGCAAGGAGGCCUACAAACCUGGCUCAGUUACACCAGCUCUGUCAGGAGGAAUGGGCCAAAAUUCACCCAACUUAUUGUGGGAAGCUUGUGGAAGGCUACCCAAAACAUUUGACCCAAGUUAAACAAUUUAAAGGCAAUGUUACCAAAUACUAAUUGAGUGUAUGUAAACUUCUGACCCACUGGGAAUGUGAUGAAAGAAAUAAAAGCUGAAAUAAAUCAUUCUCUCUACUAUUAUUCUGACAUUUCACAUUCUUAAAAUAAAGUGGUGAUCCUAACUGACCUAAGACAGGGAAUGUUUACUAGGAUUAAAUGUCAGGAAUUGUGAAAAACUGAGAUUAAAUGUAUUUGGCUAAGGUGUAUGUAAACUUCCGACUUCAACUGUACUUUACCCUCUACGGUAGAGGAGCUUAUUUAAAGGAGUGCAACUGUGUGCAUUUAUGAUUGAUAUUCCUAUGUAAAAAAAGAUAUUGUUCUUGACAUUUUUGAAUUUAUUCCUUUUAAAUUAUUCAGACUAUAAUGUAUUGUUUUUAUGUGUAAAUGCAGUUUGAGACAAGCCCAGAUUUUUUUUCUCAGCCAAAGUGUGUAAUGUACAUUUAGAAACAUUUGUCAGAAAAGAGUCCAGUGUUGUUUUAAAUCUGUUUGUAGUAACUGAAACUGAGAUCCCUCUGGGUAGUUUCCUAACCUUUUUCAUGAGUUACCGAAGCAACUCGCAUUACCAGUCAAGAUAGAGUACCAAGGUGUGUAUCAUGUACAUUGCCUAAUUGGUUUUUAGAGAAAAGUGCCUGUCACUUCAUAAAGAACACGUUUUCCCAUCUCAAGAGGUUAAAUAAAAAUAAUAAUAUAGUAAGUGCCUAUUAAGUGCGAAAUAAAGUAACAGGGUUGACCGUAACAGGGUUGACGAUUUCAACUUUAAAUCAGCCAUAAAUCCCCUUGUGACAGGGGGAAUGGAAGCAGUUGCAACUGAAUGCAAGUUUCCCCCAAAACAUUUUUUUGUAAACAUCCUAGCCUGUCUAUCAAUUGGUUCAGGGUUGAGGUGUGAUGCUCGACCCGUUCAGUUUUCCACCGCAAAACUCCAGAAAAAGCAGGCACCUGCUUUUUCAACUAUGAUUUGAUUAUUAGAUGUUCAGUGUUUCUUUUGAAAAAAAGUUUUAAAAAGGAAUAAUUUCAUCAUAUUUAAACAAGAGUUCAGUUCACGUAACUGGGUUGACCUUAAAAUGAGGGACAGACAUAAAGGAAUCUGUAAUCACAUGAAAUAAAUAAUAAUCGUCAGAAAUGACUUUGUCAAAGCAACAAAAAAGCUAGGGCUUUACAAUGAUGGUGGAAACUUGGAGAAAGUUUGGGUAUAAGUGGGUUAAAAUCUUCCUAAAAGUGACACAGGGUUGACAGAGGGACAUGUCAAAAGGCUGAAUGUUAGCACUUUAGCAAGUCUUUAUUCAUAUUAAGAAAACAGAUUUAUUGAAUUCUCCAUAUUGUCUAUAUUAAAGGGCACUUGUUUGAAUAUAAUAGGAUUUUACUAAUUCUAUAUUGGUGCGCAAUUUCUACUUAAAGUAUUUAGUGGAACGACACAGCUAUGGUUUCUUUUGACCUUUGUCAUAUUCUACUGUGGUGUGUAGUCUGCCUGAUGACCAAGGCAUGCUAUGUGUAGUGUUAAUACAAAUAAUGACUGUUGUUGAUGUUUGUAUUUUAAUUAAUGAUCUAGAUUUUUUUUUACUAUGUUGUGUGAACAAAAAGUCAAGACAGCUUUUUGGUAAAAAUAAUAAGUUACAUUUAAUAGAAUUCUGUUAUUAAAAGUGUGAUCAGUCAUGUAAAUUGAGUUGAGAAAACACAAUGGAAUGCAUAAAAUAAAUAACUGUAUGCCAGUACUAUGUAUGAAACAUCUGAGUGACAUUACUUUUGUAAGCAUUAUAGAGAAGAAAUCUGUGAUCCUCAUAAAUGGGUACAUUUUAGAGCAAUAGGUAUUGGCUUUGCUUUUAAAUUAUAGCCCAUAUAGAAAACACAUCCACCAACUUACAACAAUGAAUGUUAUGUACAUACAGUACCUGUCUGCUUAUCCCACACCUCCAUGAAAAAUAUUACCGGUACAAAUAUAUUUAUCCUAAAAAUAGUUGUCCCAUCGUGGUGGGUAACGUUCACACUGAACAGUGUAGAUCCUGAUUAUGUCUAGAUCAAAAGUAGCCUAUACAAGCAAACAAACAAAAUCAAACAACAGCAUAUAAAACUAUUUUGGUAACAUGUAUCAAGUCUUACCAACAAUUCAAAGUACCUUACAGUAUUUGUCCAGGCAAAAUAGUCAAAAGUAACCCUCUCUUAAACAUAUUUAUUAACUCAUCCAUCCUUUGCCAAUGUUUGAUUGCGACCUUCGCAACCAUAGUACAAUCAAUUUGUCAUGAAUAGCAGGUGCUUCUGUACAAAGCUCAUCAGAGGUUGAUCACCGGGCCAUAACAACAGUUUGAGAAACAAUGUUUGUGUCCUUCCAGAAUCGAUGGAGAGCGAGAAUGCUACAGUACAGUGUCAUCCUCCAUGUCUUCAUGGAAAACUCUUCCUUCACACUGUGAUAAUUCCUCUGGGAACUGUCACUAGUCUCACUAGAAAAUGACACAGGAGUUGGCAAAACAGCAUAAACAGGCCUGGGACCAGACUAUCACUAGUUCAGUUGAGUAGCCAGUAUCGAGUAGCCACAUGCAGGGUUCCAGCGCUGUGAUCUCAGGACAGUGGCCAGACAUGUCCAGCUUUGUUGACUGGCUGUCUUAAAACCACGUCUCAGGGUGACUCCUUGGCCCUUUAGGCUUCCCAAAACGACUCCCAAAUCCUGGAGAGGGAACAGACUUUGUGAGACUGUUUGUGAUUCUUUAUGAUACUUUGAGAGACUUUUGAAUUAAAAUGACUAUUGAUGUUUAAUGAGAUUUGCAUGGAUCUCUUUUGAGAAUGCUUACCAAAUUUGAACAUUGAUGAUGAGGCAGAGGCACCAUAAGGAAGAGGUGAUCCAGAGUGGGUUGUUGCUGGUGGGGGGGCUGUCUUUGCUGUGGGUGGGAAGAAUGUGUUACUAUUUUAACUAGUAGAGGUACACUAGAGGUGGGAAAUGUAUGUUCCAGACAGCAGAUCCAUUUACAGAGCUCUGUUACUUACGUUUCUGUUUGUGCUUGAAGAACUUCAGGCUCUGAAAAAGAAAAACAGAGACUGCUGGCUUUAGAUGAUAAGACAUAGGGGGAGAGUGGGGUAAGUUGAGCCAAAGGGGUAAGUUGAGCGACCCAUGUUUCUAGGAAACCAUACACAAAAUUAAGACUGUGAAGGAAGAAACCACGUGGAAAAAGUGGCAAGCAAGUUAAGUAAAAAAAACAGAUUUUCACUAAGUCAAAUGAAUUUGUGUUAGAUGUUUCAUGAUGCUUGUAUCUAAACCAAAGUAGAUAAUUUAAAGAUUGUUCUAUAUAUCAGUUGGGGUCUCCAUAUGCUUCGAUAUGAGGUCCUAAAGCUAGCAUGAAAGUGCAUAAUUUUAGCUGUGUGGGCUAAUAUAUAUUUUUUGGGCCUUCAGGUAAGUUGAGCCAAUGGUUGAGCCAAUGGCAAGUUAAGAAAAUGUAAGUGUUUGUUAGGUGUUAAGCCUAAAAUGAUUAAAAGACAAAAAAGCAAUUGUGAUUGUGUUGAAUUGUGUUUGGGAAAUAAAGAUAGACAUGGUUUUAAAAAGGUAGUGGUAAUAUUUCAUUCAGCACAGACAUUUGUAGGAGGCUUAACUUACUCUGUCUCGCGGCUCAACUUACCCAAUACCCGAGGUAAGUUGUGCCAAGAGGCCACUUUUUGGAAAAGCUAUGUUUUAAAAACUGUAAUUUCUACAUGAAUUCUGAUUUAUCUCCAGGGUUACACAACAUCCUGAAAUAUAUGUACAUAUCUUUGUUUCAAAGAAUACUAUAUUUCCCUUGACGGAGUGAUGCUGAAUGUAGAAAAUGGCUUAACUUACCCCACUCUCCCCUACUCAGAUAAUAGCACAGUAUAGAAACACCAGAUCCUCUAUUUUUUAACCAAUAGAUCAAGUCUGUCAGUUACUGUAAUUCUAUGUACAUAGCCAUUACCUUUGUUCUAGACAUGCCCUUCCCACUGUUCUUGUCUGAUUUGUUCUCAGUAGUCCCAGAGCUGGUUGAGGUGCUGUUGACCACAGGCUGCUGAUGCUCCAUCUCAGCUGAGAAACAGUCGUCAGAUGUUUCACAGUUAUGGAGCCAUUUAAAAAAAGUUAAAUUCAAUAUCAUCAAGAGUCAUGACUAAAUGGGAAUAGGGCGGAUGGUUGGAUUAGUGUGAUUUGAAUACUCUUAAUAAGGAGAGAGGUCAGAUUUACAUGGGCCUGUGUGUAGUUAGUGAGACAGAGUUGAUAGUUGUAAUUGCGGGUCUAUGUUCUGUGUUGCAACUCACCACUUCCUCCUGUCACCGAGGCCACAACGGCUGGAGUAACCAGAUGAACAGUAGUCAGGUGCUCUAUACAGGAAACAGACAGAGAUUAAUCAACAUGCCAGGGUUGUGGGUUCGAUUCCCACGGGGGGCCAGUAUGAAAAAAAAUAUAUAUAUAAUGUAUGCACUCACUAACUGUAAGUCACUCUGGAUAAGAGCGUCUGCUAAAUGACUAAAAUGUAAAUGUAAAUGUUUUGAGUCACACAACACUGGCCCCGAAAUCAUCACCAACAGACGAACAUGAAUGUACUGGGCCUUUGUUCUCUUAAACAUCAGGUAGCUCAAGACCACCCUCCAUUGGCUUGAAGGAGUACCUCUGUAAUCUUUACACUGACAUUAGUGCUCAUCAUCUUGACUUCCUAUUUUGAUAGGAGCAGCUUCUGUAUAAUGACUCUAUUCAAUGAUCCCUAUUAGGGCAUUUUAUUGUGUGAGGGAGUAGAGCCCAGAGCAACCAUUUUAGGUUGACUGAAGUUGACUUAGUCCUUGUUAACGCCAAACAGACAGGCUUGACCGAUAGCAGAAGAAGAAGGAAACAACCUCAGAUGGCUUCUCUGUCAGUACUGUAAAGAUAGCUUACCUUGCCGUGAACUCUUUGCUCGGACACUCUGAGGGAACAGUUUACAGUGUCGUGUUAAUGUACUAAAGUAUAAACAACAACCAGAACAUCUGAGUCAUAGCAUGAAUCACAAGGAAGACAAAAAUGCUUAGGGAUUUUUAUAUCUCUAAAGGGCAUUUAGGAAAGAUGAGUUCAUCUGUGACACAAAGGGGUGGGUGGCAGCAUCCUAUACUAGAUGUACCCAUUAAAUACGCAUUACUGUUAGAGUAAGAGACUGUAAGAGAUUGUGAGUCGCUACUGUAAGGUGGCGUGACCAGAGCCAUGUAUUUAGAGAGUUGGGCCAUUGACGUUUCUGCAUUAUGAUGCAUUUACAUGACACUACAACAUUCCAUGGCAGCCGUGUUAGCUCCCCAUUAACAUUAUAUGGGGAAUUGAAUGUCUAGAAUGAGCAUUAUAAUGCAUUUACAUGGCACUUCAACAUUCUAUGUUAGCGCCUCAUUAACAUUACAAGGGGACUAUUUAAAUAAUGCGAUGUAACUGAAUGUCUAGAAUUAGAACAAUAUUCAAAUUUCUAGAAGUAAAAGGCCCAACUGUCUAAAUAAAUGGCUCUGGGUGUGACCAUAUAAAUAUAAUUACAAGAACCAUCCCCAGUGGAGUAGAAUUAUUUCUAUGAGGGUGUCUCCUUAUAGUAUUGACAGCUAUAGCACGUCCGCUACCUUGCUCCGAUUCAUGAUUCCAUCCAGGAAUCUUUUGGGUUGAGAGUUCCCUGACCACUCUGAGGACGUACCGAUCCUCUGCUGUGUGGUUGUGGUCUGGCUGAUCAGACUCUGCAGGCAGGGGGCCCUGUUUUGAUCAAAUGCAACUGCCCAAACAGUAGAACAUCAGAUUAGUAUACAGUAGAUUACGUUGAUUGAGACUGUCAGAGUUUACUCACAGAGCCGUUUACAUGUUUAUGAAUUCUGUCUGGAGGGUUAACAUCGACAGCAGCACUAUCAUGAUGAUGAUUGUGAAGGUGGUGGUGAUGGAGAGAUAUGCUCACCUUCCUGCAUGACCACGAUGAAGGAUUCUGGGGUUCUCUCAGGUAGAGGGGGAGUCAGACUCUCUGAGCAUUCACAAGAAAGCAAACAAGUCAGUGAGGACCCCUCAUUAUAGAAAAAGUUACAUUGAAAGCAUAAAAUGGGUGUCACUUUUGCUUACCUGGAGGUGAGAGAGGAGGGGGCAGAGGGUAGGGAGGGGGAGGAGGAAGGUUUAUAGAUGUACAGGGAGCAGGGACCGAAGAUGUAACUAUGGGUGGCACUGUAACCUGGGGUGGCACUGUAACCGGGGGUGAUACUAUAACCAGGGGUGAUACUGUAAUGGGAAAAGGCCAGAGACAUGGAUUAAAAUCACAUGGCGUUGUGUGACUAUCCCAGUAAUCGUUUAAAAAAAUGAACAAUCAAUAAAACAAUACCUCUUUAUCAUUCUGAGAAAAAAACAAUCUUUGACAAAGUACCUGAGAGUGUUGUCAUUUUAACCUUUAAGCUCCUGCUCCUUGUCCAAGAUCUCUUCUCCACCAGAGCUGGUGUGUCCCCUAAACGGCCACACCAUUCCGAGGAUGUUCCGAUCCUGCUGUCCUCUGGCCGGGCCUGGACCACCUUCUCCACAGAGACUGAGAGGGGAGGGAAGACAGUAGUGCUCCUACCGGCAUCGCUGGCCAACACAAACGACUCUGGCGUUCUCUCUGGCAGUGGGGGGAUAGGCAACGGGGGACUCCCUAUGGGGGAAAAUGAGGUGCAUGUUUGAGUGCUUAUCAAAAAAAUAAGAGCUUAUAAAGAGUGUUAUGAGUGCCUUCACAGGCCCUCCACUCACCAUUCCUCCCCCUGAUGGCUUCAGCUGCAGCAUUAGAAGGGAGGAUGACCUCUAACAUUUUAGGUUUAGAGAUGUUAUCAGAGCGCUCUGAAGGGCACAGAAAUAUAUUUUUUAGCCCUCCAAGUAAUGAAUUACAAUUGCUUAAUCCCACUUUUUAAACAGUAAGCAUAUCAAAAUUCACCUGCACCAGCAGCCAGUACAUAUGAUUCAGCAGUUCUCUCAGGUAAUGGAGGUGGACUGUCUUCAUCUGAGGAAACUGCACCUGGGGCAGCGUUGGUGGUGGUGCGGGCUGGCAGCUCCAUCGGCUGGCUGUUAAGGGUCAGACCGGGUCCGUUGAAACAGGGGUUCUCGGUCCACUGGCUCAGUGGAGCCUGCUCCUCCUCAUCAUCAGACCCUCUGGGAGCCUCAGCAGCCAGGGGUGAGUUAGACCCAAAGUAGGGGUCCUCCAUGGUGAGACAGAGGGGGUUGGAGAAGGAGACCGCAGGAAGCACUGGUAUUACCAGUGGGGUCAUCUCUCCAUCACUCUCCACCUUCUCUUGCUCCAUGGCUAUCUGAGAGAAGUCCUGAGUCCUGAGUGCCUGGGGGGUUAUGAUGGGGAUACUGGGGCUGGGCUCUUGUCUCAGGUCCUGGCUGGUGGGCAGGUUAGCAGGCUGUGUGUGUAGGAAAUGUGGUCGCUGUGUCGGUAGCGGGUGUGGUGGUCUCUGAUUGAUGACCAUGUUAUUGGGCUGUUUCUUGCUGGGUUGUGGUUUCUGGUUCAGAGUCUGUGUUGGUAGGGAGUAUGGUCCCUGCUGUUCCCUCUGCCUGUCCCUGGCUCUCAGAGCAUUAAGGAUGGCUGAGGGGGAGCACUUAGACACGUCACACAGUGGGUCAACAUGCACCUCUGAGGCAGAGAAGGCCACUGGUACGGCGUGAUUGGAUAUCCCAUCAGGCUCCUCCCUCUCUGGGUGCCUAACAGAAUAGGAGUUAUCCAGACAUUCUAUUGAAGUGAGGCCACUGGAGGCAUUUUUCUCUCUGUGUGAAAACACUAAUUAGUUAUUGUGAUAUACACUAUAUAUACAAAAGUAUGUGGACAGCCCUUUCAAAUUAGUGGAUUCGGCUAUUUCAGCCACACCUGUUGCUGACAGGUGUAUAAAAUCGAGCACACAACCACGCAAUCUCCAUAGACGAACACUGGCAGUAGAAUGGCCUUACUGAAGAGCUCAGUGACUUUCAAUGUGGCACCGUUAUAGGAUGCCACCUUUCCAACAAGUAAGUUCGUCAAAUUUCUGCCCCGCUAGAGCUGCCCCGGUCAACUGUAAGUGCUGUUAUUGUGAAGUGGAAACAUCUAAGAGCAACAACGGCUCAGGCGUGAAAUGUUAGGCUACACAAGCUCACAGAAUGGGACCGGCGAGUGCUGAAGCGCGUAGCGCAUAAAAAUAGUCUGUCCUUGGUUGCAACAUUCACUACCGAGUUCCAAACUGCCUCUAGAAGCAACGUCAGCAAAAUAACUGUUCGUCGGGAGCUUCAUGAAAGUAAUGUAAUGCUCGCCACCAUUGGACUCUGGAGCAGUGGAAACUGGAGUUCUCUAGAGUGAUGAAUCAGUGCUGCCAUCUGGCAGUCCGACAGACGAAUCUGAGUUUGGCGGAUGCCAAGAGAACACUACCUGCCCCAAUGCAUAGUGCCAACUGUAAAGUUUGGUGGAGGAAGAAUAAUGAUCUGGGGCAGUUUUUCAUGGUUUGAGCUAAGCCCCUUAGUUCCAGUGAAGGGAAAUCUUAACCCUACAGCAUACAAUGACAUUCUAUACGAUUCUGUGCUUCCAACUUUGUGGCAACAGUUUGGGGAAGGCCCUUUCCUGUUUCAGCAUGACAAUGCCCCCAUGCACAAAGCGAGGUCCAUACAGAAAUGGUGUGUCAAGAUCGGUGUGGAAGAACUUGACUGGCCUGCACAGACGCCCUGACCUCAACCCCAUCGAACACCUUUGGGAUGAAUUGGAACGCUGACUGCAAACCAGGCCUAAUCGCCCAACAUCAGUCCCUGACCUCACUAAUGCUCUUGUGGCUGAAUGGAAGCAAGUCCCCGCAGCAAUGUUCCAACAUCUAGUGGAAAGCCUUCCCAGAAGAGUGGAGGCUGUUAUAGCAGCAAUGGGGGGACCAACUCCAUGUUAAUGCACAUGAUUUUGGAAUUAUAUGUUUGUCGAGCAGGUGUCCACAUACCUUUGGUCAUGUAGUUUAUUUUGCUAUAGAGAUAUGCUUCAAGGUUUACAGUAAUGCACCGUGAAAAAAACGUUAGUUGUCAGAUCAAUGGUUGAUGGGUUAAAGUAUUUACUGUGCUGUACCUGUGCUCUGUCUGUGGUUCCAUUUUAGGCUGAGGCUCAGGUUCUGGUUCCUGUUCAGCUUCAGACGCCUCACUGAGGUCAGAGAGCUCACUGUCACUGGCUGUAGGUGGUGAGGGGGCCGCUGACACCUAAAGAGUUCAACAGAAUCACACGCUUAAUCGCUCACCCUCUGAGAAAGUAUUUACAUACGACACAGAUCGCUGGUCUUAGUCUGUGUCUGUUUUGCUCUGUUCCUCGUCCGGUGGUUUAAUUUUGCUACCACGUGACCAAACAGCCAGCCUGGUUCCCCUAGCCAGAGUCUUUGUGCGUGUUUGAGAUAGACUACAUAACAGUCGAACUACACAGAAUCACGGAUCUACAAAUCACCUUGCAUCCCAAAUAACUACUCAUUAAGUGAACAAAAUCAGUGAUUCUGUGCCUCGCCUUGCUCAAACUGAUCCCCUCAAACACGCUGUCUGUUUCACCUCCUCUGUACAGCAAGGGGGGACUGGUGCCAUGGACUGCAGGUACUUCUCAAACAGGAACUUGAUGGUUCUGUACAGUAGCUCGUACUGUUCCUGUAGUUAAACACAAAACCAGUUCUGUUAGUGUUCAGUCGAUCCCAUAUCAGUUGCCACGGCAAGAUAUGUUUGUGAAGCAUUCUACCCAAAUAGAUAAGAGAUUGCACAUGGAUUGCACAUGGGGAGUUGCUACAAACAUUAGUGAGUGCAAAAAAUAUGUGGCUCUACUUGUUACAGAUGAAGGCUAUGAGUGGGUUGGCAUCAGAUAAUGUUGAGCUACAGCCUUGUGAUAAUAAUGUCUCAGAUGGAGGCAUGUCACAUUGUGUGUAUGUACUGAAUGUGGUUAUGAUAAAAUUGCACUAUGAAGUGAAAACACACCCUUGGUCAAAAAGAAGCAUGUCACAACGGGUCUAUUUAUGAAUGUGGUUAUGCUUAAAAAGCACUGCAGAAUACGAAGCGAGAACGCUACCUUGGUCUGAACAACAGAAGGCCUCUGUGUUCUCAUGUCCUUAACCAGGUCAUAGAUGCUGAAGUCUUCUGUGAGCAGCUGGAAAUUAACACGAAGGCAUCGAUGACGAUUAGUAAAGUGACACAUACAGUUAUAGAUACGGUAACUUUCAGUACAGCACGACAUAGAUACAGUAGUCUUUGGUAAUCUGCUCACACUCUGGUUCGGAGGAGAUGGUACUGUACAGGGUAGGGCAGGUACAGUUAUCUUACCUGUGUUUUCACCAGGUUCCAGGUAUAGUCGAUGGCACACAGUGCUCCUGUUCUUCCACAGCCAGCACUGCAGGGACAAACAGGAAGAACACAAGGUUAACAUAAAAUAAGGUACAUUAACUAAGAACCACAGACAAGUACAAUAUAUAUAUUCAUUUUUGACUGUACAAACUCUUUUCACCUAGCAUGAUGAAAAGCCUUGCUGAGCUAAUAAUAUAGUAAUAGCCCUUUAGCACCCCAACCUGCAAACAGCAGUGAAUGUCAGUGUAAGUGAGUGUACACAGUGUGAGCAUUCACUGCACUGCAGGCUGCUAUUAACACCCUGGCUGGCUACACUGUCAGCCCUGAUCUGGCACAUGCAUUCUGCUGCCUGUCCCUGCUGGCCUGGUCCUUCCUGCUCCUGGCCCACACAGCCUAACUGCCAGAUAUACUGUCAGACUUUACUCAACAACUCAGAUAGGUGAUAUGAGAGCAGCCCUGUCUCCCAUGGAGAGUGAACUGUUCCAAGGGAAACAUGUGUAAGCAGAUCUGUCAUUUCAUAUGGUAAUACUUUCCUAUCCUCAACCCUGCCUGUGGGUUAACUGAGUAGAGAGGAGAGCAUGGGUCUAUGGCAUGGGCAUGCCUGAUGCCUGUGACUGAACAUUCCGUUCCUGGUGGCUCAUCUAUCUGUGAUGCCUCCUGUAUACCACGCCUGGAUGUCAGCCUGGUACACGGACACUACUAUUAACUGACUACUGAAGUGUAAUGCCAUCUGACUGGGGUAAGUUAUCUCUCGCAAUUGGGCCUAAAAUGGGGUGCUAAAGAGUGUCUAUCAUAGUCUUAUUAUAGAGAGCAGGGAGAGGGAAUGAUGUGUAUUAUGGCAAAGUCCUGAUGUUUUUGAGGAUGUGUCUGUUGAGUUUUCUUUCUGGAGUGUCGCGCAACACCUGACUCAAGCCUAUGACAAACACGUUGAGCAACUUUCAAAGAGGAGGCCUCUUGCCACCGAUGGAAUUUCCGUGUGUCACUGUGGUCAUAGUUUGGAAACAAGUACUGUUCUUUCUCUCGUGUCCUACUGAUGAAAGACAGUCAACUGAGUUAUUAAAGGAGGACAGGGUUGAAAAACACAACCCUUUGUACAAUCAUCAGUACUAGGCCCUCAGAUAACCAAAGGUCUUACAAUAGGUUACCUUUUCACUCUGCGUGGCUUAGCAUGCAGCGCUAAGUAAUUUACAUUUGAGUUAAUGUGUUAGCUGUAACCAUGGCCAGAGAGAAGGGGAAAAUGUAUGAGUGUUUGUUUGCACACCCAAAGUGGCCUGUUGGCCAUCCGCCCACAAACUUCCUGUCUGUGUGUCUAACAGAAGAGGGAGGUGCCUGAGCAGAAAGGGGUCUACAACAGGAUGCCCUCAACAAUGUGUUCCACCCACGGAACAAUUACUAUUUCAUGAAAUAGGACACCACAGCAUAAUGGAUAGAGAUAUAUGACUGCCUAGCAUUAAAGCGCAAAGGGAACCUAACUUUCCGUGCUUUGAGAUGGUUUAUUGACUCUCCAUAUCAGACAAUGAUUCAUACUUUAGGGUAACUGUGUACUGUGUGUAUGGUGUGAUUCAGUACUGAUUCAAUGUUGUGUGUGUGUGUGUGUGUGAGUGAGUGACGUGUGAGUGAGGUGGGGGUUUGCAUUGUUGGUUAAGGUAAAUAAGCAUUUCACGGUAUUCGGCGCAUGUGACAAAAAACAUUUGAUUUGAUUUGAGAGCUGACCUGCAGUGGAUGCAGAUGGGUAUAUCCUCAUGGGCCUGGUAAGAUCUCAUCUCCUGCAGCAGCUCCAGGAUGGGAGGGAUGGUGUCUGGGACCCCGUGGUCCGGCCAGUUGAUAUAGUGCAGCUGUCUCAGGUUACGGCUCCACUAAGGGACACACCACAUAGUUCAAUGUUAACACAGACAGAGGGACAUACCAGGAGACCUGUGUACUCACACGGGCUUCCUGUUUACCCCUACCUCAUGAGAUGUUAGUUUUGAGUUGAUUUAUUACUGACAUGCUCGGCACCAAAGUAUACUACAAUACCACCCACAAAAUAUUCCAUCACAACUUUGCGUUUUUAAGCAUUUAUGUCCGCAGAUUCUAUCCAUGAUAGUUUCUAAUUAUAGCUGCAUCUCAGUUUAUAAUAAGGGUAUAAACAGUACUUACAUUGCGGUAGGUCACCCUCAGGUUCCUGCUCACAUAGUCUCCUUUACUCUCCUCCGAGUCCUGUACACAAAUACACACAGAGUUGGCAGUUUAGCAUUAUUUUCACACAGAAAACCUGCAGACGCUAGUCUUUUUAAAGUGGGAAUGACAUUAGUACACUACAUUUACUUGACACAAGUGAUUAUCAAUGUUUAGGUAUAUUUCAGGCAUAUUUGUGGAGAACUCCAGAAAUUAGAAUCCCCAAAAUACUAAGCACAUCAAUAUACUUUUUUAUGUGCCUGUAUCUGGGUUUUCAACGGUUGCAUUCAUCUACUAUUCAUGACUACUGAUCACUAUAGUGUAGAUAACGUAGUUACGGUUAAGAGGCCAUUUGACCAACCAAAUCAGGAAGUGGUCAGAGAGCGAGAGAGAGAGAGGAAGUAGCCUACUACUCACGCAGUAAAUAGUAAAUGGGUCACACACAAAAGGCUCCUCUUGUUUCUUUGGCCAGUAGCGCUCACACUUUUUCUACAAAAGAGUAGUACAAACAAUCUGUCUUCAAUGCGCAUAAAGCCACAACACUGACCAUUUUAAUAACACAGUAUACGACUAUGAAAUGCAGUGUAAUAAUAGAGUAUAGUAUAGUGUACAUGUGCAUAGAGUAACUUACCCUGCCCAUCUCAAACUCCCUGCAAACCAUCACUAUGACCUGAUAGAAGACAAGAUCACCAUCAGUGCAUCAGUACACCAACCUCACCAGAGAGAGAGGGACGGGGGAGAGAGAUAGAUAGUGAGAGAGAGAGAGACACAGAGACAGACAGACAGACAGAGUUGUACCUCUAUGUUGUACUCCCAGAGCAUCCUCCAGAAGUCCAGCACGGUGUGGGGAAGAGGGCCCUGAGUGGCAAUGUAGGCCAUGGCCCCUGACACUCCCUGGGGGUACGCAGAGCACAGGGUCACACACCUGUCCACCUGGGACUCUCCUGCACAUACUCUUCUACUGUGUAGUCUAGUAUACCAAGACCAUGUCGCAUCACCCUACCUUGAUGAAGCUGGCAUUGAUGUAGUCGUUAUCAUUCUUGGAGGUGGUAAGGGACAGCUUCACUCUGCUGUGGUCAACUGAGGGGAAAUGAGGACAGUAUUGUAGUGAGAUGUAGUAGUGAAAAGUUAUAGUGAGUACUGCAUAAAUACACCACUUCAAACCACUGUAGACUAUAACAGUAAAAGCUGACUUACAGGGAACAAUGUCCUUGUAUCUGUUCUUCUUCACGUUCUCCUGCUUAUCCGCUACCUUUGUGGGGUACGUUUUGUCAGUGCGGUACUUGGUGGACUGGCGUUUGAGCCUCUGCAACAGAGAGAAGUGAGGCAAAAAUUAGAAAACACGAUACAUAUGUUUGCAUGUGAAGGAGGGAAGGGGUUAUAUCAGUCUGGCUAACACUCAGACCUGUGUGGCUAAAUGUGAGGUUGUCUAAUUAUCUUGUUCCUCUGGGGAACUCGAAGUUAGUAGCCAAAAAGACAAUGAGAUUGCAGUUGUCACAGUUCCCAUGUCUGAGUCUAGUAACUGCUCACCAUAGUUUGUAUUUCCAGUUCUCUUCAGUGUUAAUUAAGAGGAGAGACCGUUGAGCUGCAAUAAGUUGUCACUCCUCCCCAGAGCUAGAUUCAGUGUUAUAUUCACGCCCUGUACACUCUGUGGGUAACACUGUGACACCACUGCUACUGCCAAAGCUUUAUGUCAGCUCUGGCGUGGCUCAAACUUACAGACAUUAGCUUAUUGGAAACAGCCAUAGCCACAGACUAAGAGAGGACUUCCACUCAUCAGUGACUCCAUUCCGAUUAGUAGUGAAUGAGUGACACUCCAAAUAAAGCCCCAGAGUGUCCCUUCCUGGUCCUCCCUAUUUCAAACACACUGGUCUUUUUGUCCAGGCCCAGUUCUCACAGACAGCCCUAACACAAGGCUGAUGGGAGCAGACAUCUGCACCCUCCAGACCACAGAGCGCUUUUUGUUCCACAAGGAAGUGCUGUGA